AUGGCUUACGAUGGAGGAACCAUAAAUUUCAAGCCAUCAUGUGGCCAUUUCAUAACUUUGAAGGUGCUAUCGAAGAAUUCAAAGCGGCCACGCCCCGUAAAGACAAACAUUAUACCCCCGGGAGCAAAAGAAGGAGAGAAGACUGCGUUCUUUCUUGACAUUGUCUUCACGGAAGAGGAAUGUAAGGAACUCAUUCGAUGUUCUGAGGAGAAGGGGUACGAGCAAGCAUUGGUCAACGUUGGCGGUGGGAGACAGAAGCUGAUGCUCUCGGCUCGCAACAACCAGCGCUGUUUGAUCGACUCGACUGAGCUGGUCGACGCCUUCUGGGAGACACUAGCCGAGUUCAUUCCGCAGACGUUUUACGGAUACAAAGCCCUAGGACUGAACGAGAGACUGCGAUUUCUGCGAUACGAUCCGGGUGAAUACUUCAAGCCGCACUUCAAUGGAAGCUAUGAGCGCAAAAAUGGAGAACACUCCAUGGUCACUGUGCAGAUUUAUCUAAACGAGAUCAACUUAGAGUUGUUCCAGAAUCUUCUUGAUGAGCGCCUCAAAGAUACUGUGCAGACUAAAGAUGAUCCCAAUCUUCUGUCUGAAACAUACGAGUCCAUCACAACAUCUGUGCUUGAUGAGAUCUGCCCUGUCACAACCAGAGUUCGCACAGUCAAGUCCAGGCUACCGUGGUACGACAACAACAUCCAUGAAGAAAGACGAAUCCGUAGACGGCUUGAGCGCAAAUGGCGCAAAAGUCGUUUGGACACAGACUAUGACGCGUUUCUAACUCAGAAGGAUAAUGUACAGCUGGCCAAGAAAUAA